GGAGGUGUUCUGACCAACCCGCACUGACUGAGGUUUGUCAGUAAAGAAGUCAAGCAGCCAGUUGCACAAGGUGGUGUUAAAGGCUCAGAUUCUGUUUGUCCAACAGAUGUUGAGAGAUGAUGGUGUUGAAUGCUGAGCUAAAGUCCAAGAACAGCAUCCGCACAUGGGUGUUCUUCUCCCCCAGAUGUGCGAAGCUCAGGUGAAGAGCAGAGAACAUGGCAUCCUCGGUGAAGCGGUUUGACCGGCAGGAAAACAGGAAAGGGUCGAGUGUGGAGGAAUAACUGGAGGUGAUAUGCUCCUUAACCAGCCUCUCAAAGCACUUUAUCAUGAUGGGAGUCAGUGUCACGUGCUGACAGUCAUUUAGUGAUGUGAUUUGAGGGUUUUUUGGCACUGCUAUGAUGAUGGCAAUCUUGAAACAUGACGGGUACAGUAGCUUGGUUCAAUGAGGUGUUAAAAAUUUAGUUCUGGACACCAGCCAGCUGAUCUGUGCACUCCCUGAGAACCCGCCUCAGAAUGAUAUCAGGUCCUGGAGCCUUCCGUGUGCUGACCCUCUUCGGGGUCUUCCUCAUGUCAACAGAGUCUAGAUGCAGUGCCUUUUAUCCUGGCAUGGAGCAUCCUUCACUGCAGGGUUGCCGUUUAGUGUCUCAAAUACCCCAAAGAAGUUAUUUUGGUCAUUUAAAAAAACAAUUCUCAGAAAAUAUAAAAUAUCACAAACGUACACACAGUAAAACAUGGAAUCCAGCCUUUUUGUGUGAUUGUGGAAUGCCUAGUUCCUCUAUGACAAUGUCAACGACUGUGCAGAUUUGUAUGUGUGUGUGUGUGUGUGUAGAAGGUCAUGGUUAAAAAAAUAACACAAGAUUCCAGUAAGUCAGUCACGAAGACUUUAUUUACUUUUUAACAUUCAUCAAACACUAGCAUUUAUUAUUAAAACUCAGCUGCUGCUCAGGCUAAUGUUUACAGAUCCUCUUGACCCUUCACGUGACUUGCAGUUACAAUGGUACUGUAUCUGUCUUUCUUUGUUGCUGCCCACACCUACAUUUCAAUCCUGGCUAUCUGUCUCUAGUUUAAGCUCCGUCUCUCUACUGUACUGUACCUGGCUGUCGGCCAUCAUGUGUGAUUCCCAGUGCCAUGUGCCAGCUGUUGCACAUGUCCGUCUGUGUUAGGGGGAGUUGUCUAGGGUCCAGUGUCUCCAGAUCGCCAGAAGAACUUGCAACUUCUCUUGUACUUGUAGCCUGAAUAUUUCAUGGAUGGUUUUGUAUAAGGUUUCCUUGAAUGUAAAACAUCAUUGGCCGUACCCUACAAAAAAAGGACAAGAAGCAAUAAGAGAUUGAUCCAGUGCUGUGAGGGUUAAGUUCUGAAAGUUAAUGUAAUAACUGCUAGCACCAUCUGCUGGCCUACUUCCUUUACAAAGAGAGAGAGAGAGAGAGAGAGAGAGAGAGGGGGGAGCGAGUGAGAGAGAAAAAAACGAGCUUCGGUUUUAACGACAUCUCUAAUAUUCAUGCUGAUGCAUUUUGCUGCUUUGUGCUUUCAUUUUCCUGCCGGAGCUCGCUGCGCUCAAGCCCCAGCCGACUGGAAAGCAGAAACGAAAAAGCCUCAAGCCUUUAUAAACGGAGUUUACAUACCUUAUCCUGGGACGACGAGGAAAAGAAGGGACGAGAAAUCAAUGACCCGGCGUUAGGAAAACUCUGAGCGAGCGAGGUACUGCCACGCACCUCCUCUGCCUCUGCUCUGCUCCCUCAUCACCCAGUGAAGAGACAAACCAGGGUGAGGGAGGGAGUGAAGAGGGAGAGGGGGUGAGAGAGCUCCCAUGCACUCCUCUUGAGCCCUGCCCGCUGGGGGAGGAGGAGGAGGAGACAAGCCACUCCGGCGUUCUCGCACCGCCUGAGGAAGAAGACGAGUGGACGGCCGCCGCCACCGCCGGAGGAGGAGGUGGUGGUGGAGGAGGGGAGGCAAACCAGUGGGGAGGGGGAAGGGGGGGUAGACACUCGCCACACAAGGAAGAGAACUGUGGAAAAGUGUAUUUAUUCUGGAGAAGGAGCAGCAGCGAGAAAACCCGGCGAAAGGGCAACCAGGCUUUUGUUAGCUGGUCACACAGAGAGAGAGAGACUGAGAGAGAGAGUGAGUGAGCAAGUGAGGGAGGGAGUUUGUGGGGGGAGGUAAAGAGGAAGAAAAAAAUGUCUACAGUGAAGAGGCCAAGAGGAAGGCCUCGAAAGAACACCAAUGGUCCCACGAGUCACGUCAGGGCCCUCAGUCCUGUGAUGAAGAGCAGUUCAUCAUCCUCUUCAUCAUCCUCAUCAUCAUCAUCCUCCUCCUCGUCCUCAUCCAGUUCUCCAUCAGAGAAGAGGACGCCGCGGCGGACGCUGCAUCAUCAAGAUGUUGCACCCUUCGACAAGCAGGAAAAGGCCAAUCGGAUAAUAUCAGAGGCCGUAGCUAAAGCCCGACAACGUGGAGAGAAGAACAUCCCGAGGAUCAUGAGUCCCGAGAGCUUUCCCAGCUCGUCGUCACAGCACAAAGGUCAUCAGGCGCAUAAAGGAAAUGGCAAAGUGCGGUCCAAAUUUAAAGCCUCCAGGAAGGCCUGCAUCGUCCCUCCGUCCGCCUCCAAGCAAAAGCCCAAGAUCGGGAAAAUUGUAAUCAAGAUAGGGAAGAAGAAGAAGCGAAAGCCCGACUCUUCCGAAGAGGAGUCAGAUGAAGACCCUCCGCCUCGACACACAUCUAAAGACUCGAAGAGACGCUCUAAUCGUCAGGUGAAGAGGAAGAAGUACGCCGAGGAACUUGAAGCCAGGCUGUCAGAUGAAGACGGCAAAGUGAUUGUCAAAGCCAAGAAGGCCAAUUCCACGCCAUCCAAGCAGCCUGCAGUGCAACUCUUUGUGGAAAACCCCAGUGAAGAAGAUGCCGCCGUCGUGGACAAAAUCAUGUCCUCUCGUGUCAUCAAGAAGGAGGUUUCCCCAGGAGUUGUAGUCGAAGUGGAAGAGUUUUUUGUCAAGUACAAAAACUACUCCUAUCUCCACUGUGAAUGGGCCACAGAGGGCCAUCUGGAGAAGGACAAGAGAAUCCAGCAGAAGAUCAAACGCUUCAAGAUGAAACAGGCGCAACGGGCACUCUUCUUCGCCGACAUGGAAGAAGAGCUCUUCAACCCAGACUAUGUUGAGGUGGACCGCGUGCUUGAGGUGUCUUAUUGCGAGGAUAAAGACACCGGGGAGGAAGUGGUCUACUACCUAGUUAAAUGGUGCUCCCUGCCAUAUGAGGACAGCACAUGGGAGCUAAAGGAUGACGUGGAUCAAAGCAAGAUUGAGGAGUUUGAGCAGCUGCAGGCAGCCAAGCCGGACUCACGUAGGGUGGAACGGCCCCCAGCCAACCUGUGGAAGAAGAGGGAGCAGUCGCGACAAUACAGGAAUGGCAACAGCCUCAGGGACUACCAGCUGGAGGGGGUCAACUGGUUGCUCUUCAAUUGGUACAACAGGCGAAACUGCAUUCUGGCAGAUGAGAUGGGCCUGGGAAAGACCAUCCAGUCCAUCACCUUUCUGGAAGAGAUCUACCGUGUAGGCAUCAAGGCUCCUUUUCUCAUCAUUGCCCCGCUGUCCACCAUUGCAAACUGGGAGCGCGAGUUCCGCACUUGGACGCACAUGAAUGUCAUCGUGUACCACGGCAGCGUUGUUAGUAGGCAGAUGCUGCAACAGUAUGAGAUGUACUUCAGGGAUGCACAGGGCCGUGUGUUGCGAGGCACCUACAAGUUCCAGGCUGUCAUCACCACGUUCGAGAUGAUCCUGGGGGGCUGCCCUGAGCUCAGUGCCAUUGAGUGGCGCUGCGUCAUCAUCGACGAAGCGCACCGCCUCAAGAACAAGAACUGCAAGCUGCUGGAAGGCUUCAAGCUUAUGAGCCUGGAGCACAAGGUCCUGCUGACAGGCACUCCGCUUCAAAACACAGUAGAAGAACUUUUUAGCCUGUUGCACUUCCUGGAGCCGGCGCGUUUCCCAUCGGAAAACACUUUCAUGCAGGAGUUUGGAGACCUCAAGACUGAAGAACAGGUACAAAAGCUGCAGGGCAUCUUGAAGCCGAUGAUGCUCCGACGCUUAAAAGAAGAUGUUGAGAAGAAGCUGGCACCCAAGGAGGAGACCAUCAUCGAAGUGGAACUCACCAACAUCCAGAAGAAGUAUUAUCGUGCCAUUCUAGAGAAGAAUUUCUCCUUCCUGGCCAAGGGAGCAGGGCAGGCCAACAUGCCCAACCUGGUCAACACAAUGAUGGAGUUAAGGAAGUGCUGCAACCACCCCUACCUCAUCAAAGGGGCAGAAGAGAAGAUCCUGGAGGACUUCAGAGAGGUCUGCAGCCCAGCUGCCUUGGACUUCCACCUGCAAGCCAUGGUACAGUCUGCCGGAAAGCUGGUCCUCAUUGACAAACUUUUGCCCAAGAUGAAGGCUGGCGGGCACAAGGUGCUCAUUUUUUCACAAAUGGUGCGCUGCUUAGACAUCUUGGAAGACUACCUCAUUCAGAGAAGGUACUUGUAUGAGCGGAUAGACGGUCGCGUUCGCGGAAACCUGCGGCAGGCGGCCAUCGACCGUUUCAGCAAGCCCGACUCAGACCGCUUCGUUUUCCUGCUAUGCACGCGAGCCGGUGGCUUGGGCAUCAACCUGACGGCAGCGGACACGUGCAUCAUCUUCGACUCCGAUUGGAACCCACAGAACGACCUCCAGGCUCAGGCCCGCUGCCACCGCAUUGGUCAGAACAAGGCGGUGAAGGUGUACCGACUGAUAACCAGGAACUCAUACGAGCGGGAGAUGUUCGACCGUGCCAGCCUCAAGCUAGGUUUGGACAAAGCGGUAUUGCAGAGCAUGAGCGGCCGCGACAACAGCCUGGGAGGAGGUGCCUCUGGUGGAGCAGGAGGCACAGGGGGUGGGGCGGUACAGCAACAGUUGUCCAAAAAGGAGAUUGAGGAUCUGCUGCGACGUGGAGCCUACGGCGCCAUCAUGGAUGAGGAGGAUGAGGGUGCCAAGUUUUGCGAGGAGGACAUCGACCAGAUCCUCCAGCGCCGAACCAAGACUAUCACCAUCGAGUCCGAGGGCCGAGGGUCCACCUUUGCAAAGGCCAGUUUUGUGGCAUCCGGGAACCGCACAGACAUCUCUCUGGAUGACCCCAACUUCUGGGAUAAGUGGGCUAAGAAGGCUGACAUCGAUAUGGAAAUGGCCAAUGGCAGAAACAGCUUGGUCAUCGAUACACCCCGCGUCAGAAAGCAGACGAGACCCUUUAGUUCCACAAAGGAUGAGCUGGCUGAGCUGUCUGAGGGUGACAGCGACAGCGACGACACCAAGCCCAAAGUCAGGCGAGCCCAUGAGAGGCCGAACAGCUAUGGCCGCACAGAAUGCUUUCGUGUGGAGAAGAACCUGCUGGUAUACGGGUGGGGCCGCUGGAAGGACAUCCUCGUCCAUGGACGUUUCAAGAAGCAGCUGACCGACUGGGAUGUGGAGUCCAUCUGUAGGGCUCUGCUGGCCUACUGCCUGGUGCACUACCGUGGCGACGACAAAAUCAAAGGGUUCAUGUGGGACCUGAUUGCUCCCGCCGAAGACGGCCGCACCAAGGAGCUCCAGAAUCACUUGGGUCUGUCUGCACCUGUUCCUCGUGGACGUAAAGGCAAGAAGAUGAAAACCCAGUCCAGUUCGUUUGACAUCCACAAGGCUGAGUGGCUUCGGAAGCACAACCCAGAGCACAUGCUGCAGGAUGACGGCUACAAAAAACACCUCAAGCACCACUGCAACAAGGUGCUGCUGCGAGUCAGAAUGCUGUACUACCUGAAACAAGAGGUGAUAGGCGACGAGGCGCAGAAAGUUCUAAACAACGUGGAUGCUAGUGAAAUCAAGAUCUGGGUGCCAGAGCCAGACCACUCAGAACUGCCAGCCUUGUGGUGGGAUACUGUGUCUGACAAGUGUCUGCUCCUGGGAGUCUUCAAGCAUGGUUAUGAGAAGUACAAUACCAUCCGAGCAGACCCCGCACUGUGCUUCCUAGAACGGGUUGGCCGACCGGACGACAAGGCUAUUGCUGCUGAACAGAGAGGCAACGAUUUUAUGGACGGGGAUGUGGACGAUCCUGAGUACAAGCCUGCUCCGGCCCUGCUGAAGGACGACAUGGAGGAUGACGCCUCCUCUCCUGGAGACUUGGUUGUCACUGACAACGCCGGAGACUCUGUUCCUGGAGCAACUAGCGCCUACUGGCCUUCGUCUUCCUCACUCACUGCCCGAUUGAGGCGUCUGAUCACGGCCUCACAACGCUACACCAAGAGUCGGCAGAUCCUACAAAUCCAUCAGGUGCAGUCGCAUUCGCAGUCGCAGCUGGCCAUGAUGAUGUCUGCGCCGCUCGGCCCUCCGCCACCGUCGGCGCCGCUACUGCUACAGCCAGCGGCUUUCAGUGACCCGCUUAACACCAAGAUGGCUGCCAAGAUUGAGCGUCAACAAAGAUGGACCAGGCGGGAAGAAGCCGACUUCUACCGGGUGGUCUCCACAUUUGGCGUGGUUUUCAACCCGACGGUGGGCCGCUUCGACUGGACGAAGUUUCGUGCAAUGGCACGGCUGCACAAGAAGACUGACGAGAGCUUGCAGAAGUACCUGUGCGCAUUCGCCGCCAUGUGCCGACGGGUUUGCCGCCUGCCACCCAAAGAUGGAGACGCUGCAGUGGACCCGUCUCUCAACAUCCAGCCCAUCACAGAGGAGCGGGCAUCGCGCACCUUGUACCGGGUAGAACUGCUCCGGCAGGUGCGAGAGCAAGUCCUUCGCCACCCGUUGCUCUACGAACGCCUGCCACUGUGCCAAAUCAGCUCCGACUUGCCCGCGUGGUGGGAGACCGGCACCCACGACAGGGACUUGCUCAUUGGCGCCGCCAAGCACGGGGUCAGCCGCACGGAUUAUCACAUACUCCGAGACCCAGAUUUGGGCUUUAUGGCAGCCCAGCGUGCCUACAGCCAGACAAAGGCCGUGCCGCAGCAGCAGCAGUCAAUGGGGUUCACGCCGCUCCUGCAACCUCAGUACCAGGCUUCGGCUGUUUCAAACCCUACCCCAAAGGACAUGGAGACCGGCGGGGCAAUGCCGAAGGUAGAGCCCCUUUCAGAAGGAGAUGAAAGCAGAGAGAAAGCGAAUGAUAGCUGCAGUCCCUCCAGAGCACCGGACACUUCCACAGGAGCUCCGGAGGACAAACCCGACAGUGAAGGGCAGAUGGUGGCAGCAAGGACAAAGCCUCUUACGCCCAACUCCUCUGAGAGGAAGCCCAAAAAGGCUAGCAAGAGGGGCCGCAGGGAGAGGCGGCCCUCGGCCACCGACUCGGACGGCUCAUCGUCCAGCUCUUCUUCGCGCUCCUCUUCAUCUUCCUCAUCCUCGUCUUCUUCCUCGUCCCGCUCCGGGUCUAGCUCGUCGUCAUCGUCGUCUUCUUGCUCUUCUGGGUCUUCGUCAUCUUCCUCGUCGUCCUCAUCGUCAGAUGACAGUGACAGCGAAGGAGAGAACGGGAAGAAGAAAGUACCUGAAGCUCCAAGCGUGAAGGGCUUCGACGAGGACAGCGUGGCCUCUUUAGGUGCCAUGCACCAUGAUGCUCAAGAUCCCCACGCAGCCCAAAAUGGCGUCACGAGCAGCGUGACACAUCAGUUCCAAGCAGGAGCUUACAUGCUGGCUGCCUCCCAUUGGCCAAAGGACCGCGUCAUCAUCAACCGUCUGGACAGCAUUUGCCAGGCGGUGCUGAAGGGCAAGUGGCCGGCCACGCGGCGCAUCUACGAGCCCGGCGGCCCCGUGGCGUCUUUCUACACAACCAAGCUCCUGGACGGCAGCCUGUGCGAAGACCCUUCGGCCUCGCCACAGGGGUCUAAGGUGACCGAGCAUGUUGCAGAAAGCAAGGAGUUCUCAGUCAAGAUGAACGAUCAGGAGGGAGGUCUCAAGUUGACCUUCCAGAAACAGGGGCUACCUCUAAAGAGACCUCUAGACUCUGAGGAGGGACCCCUAGCCCAGCAGCAGCAGUAUCUGGCCCGGCUCCACGACUUGCAGAACGCCUCUGACACGGGCCUGGCUGACAUUACCAAGCCACAGUGCAGCUUCCAGAAUGUGCCUCCAGGUCUUGCUGGGACAAUGAGGCUGAACGGAGUGCUAGACAGCCAGCCAGUGGUUAAGCGGCGACGAGGGAGGAGGAAGAACGUAGAGGGCAUGGACCUGCUCUUCAUGAAUAGGACGCACGUUCCAGAUCAGGCGGCUCCCGGUUGGGGCGGUAUCGGCCAAGUGGGCAUGGCUCCCAUGACAGGGUACAGCCAACAGACCUCUGGACCGGGCCCGGAAAAUGAGGACAGCAGGGUCCCGGUCAUCAACCUCAAAGACGGCACCCGGCUGGCUGGGGAUGACGCUCCCACCAGGAAAGAUCUGGACCAGUGGCUGAAGGAACACCCCGGCUUUGUGGCUGACACGGGCGCCUUCAUCCCUGGCAUGAACAAGUUGCCUCUCAAGUUCCACGUCCAAGACGGGCGACCCAAGCAGAAGAGGCACCGCUGCAGGAACCCCAACAAGAUCGACGUCAACAGCCUGACAGGCGAGGAGCGAGUGCAAAUCAUAAACAGGAGGAAUGCUCGUAAGGUCGGUGGAGCUUUUGCGCCUCCUCUCAAGGAUCUGUGCCGCUUCCUUCAGGAGAAUCCAGAGUAUGGCGUACCGCCGGAAUGGGCCGAUGUCGUCAAACAGUCGGGUUACCUCCCAGCCAGCAUGUUUGACAGGAUCCUGACCGGUCCCAUCGUUCCCGAAGAGGUGAGUCGACGAGGGCGUCGUCCGAAGAAUCCUCUAUUGAAGGCGGCGGCCAUGACGCCGAGCGCGACGGCGGCGGCGUCCUCUGCCCUAGGCCUCAGCCCACUUUUGGCUAACGGGCUCCUGGCAGGCAUGGACCUGAGCAACCUUCAGGCCUUCCAGCAGAACUUACUCACCGCCGGCCUCAUGGGCCUGCCCCCCUCGGACGCCGGAAACCUGGCGGCGAGCAACCUGGCCGCCAUGUUUCCCAUGAUGCUUUCCGGCAUGGCGGGACUGCCUAACCUGCUGGGCGUGAGCGCCUUGCUCGGGAACAAUCAGGAAGGAGGAGGCGGAGGCUCGGAGGACAAGGAGACGGGGACUGGCGCUGCCACGGGAGAGCCGUCUGCCAGUGCUGGAGAACGGACAGAAGGCGCAGACGUCCCCGUCGCGUCCUCCCAAAGUGCCUCGUCCACCUCCAGUCCUCCUCUUCCACUCAACCCCUUGUUGCUGUCAAGUAUGCUUUACCCAGGGAUGCUUCUCACUCCAGGCCUUAACCUCCCCGUGUCCAACACACAGCCCGACCCCGCGCCACUCCCUCCUCCUCCUCCAACUCCUCCUCCGCCUACUUCUUCCCAAGCACCCGCCGUCAAAGUGGAAACGUUAGAAGACGACGACGACGAUGACGACGACGACGAUGAGGAAGAGUCGGCCGAACCCAAAGACAACAGCGGCAAAGCAGAGUCGUCUUCAUCCGAGUCUGGUAGCUCCUCCACUUCCUCAGACGACUCCGACUCCAGCAAGGACUGAUAAAAUAUUCGUUUAUUUAUGUACCACCCCGUUAAAAACGUAUUGCUAUAUUUACAUAUAAGUGGAUCCCCUCCCACCAAACCACCACCUGUCACCCACCUCCCAGCACUUACGAUUUCUUUACGUGUAAAUAACUAACCAAAUUGUUGUGUAAUAAAGCAAAAAUGUCAACAAACAAAAACACAAAAGAGAACUGAAAUCAAAUUUCAACGUUUGUGGACGAGGUAGCGUCGUUUCCAGACAUUUUGCAUGUCGGACUUGAGUAGAAGCAUCACCUUGUACUGUUUAAAAAAAGAAAAAAAGAAAAAAAAAUGAGAAAAGGCAUUAUAUUAUUAAGUCAGGAUUUAAUUUUAUUAAUUAAAAAUGCGUUGAGCUGUACUAUUAAUAUAUUUUGAUGGUGGGAUUCGGUUGUAAAUAAGACACAUUUGCUUUGCAGAUCAUGCGGAUGUGAGCAAUAACUCGGGCAGCUAACGAAUGUCACUCAAGCUGUAGAUUCCAUCACGUUCCAAAACAGGCUUUUCACGUCGGUCCUGUCAUUUUUUUGGUUUGUUUCAGCGGAAUUCCCUUUUUUCUUUUAUCGUGGCAGUCGAAAGGUCCCAAUUUCCAAUCUCAGCUCAGCAUGUUCUUCCGUAACUUGUCUUUUCCAGCUUCCUUCUACAUCCCCAAAUCAGGUUUAUCGACAACUGCAAGUUGUUCGUAGGUGUGACGAUGAAUAGGAAUGUGAAGCGUCGGUAUAUUUUUUUUCCAAUUUGCACGUUGCGAUUGACUGCCAACCAAUCCGAUGUGCACCCUCUGUUUCAAAUCAGCUGAGUCCAUGUCCCAGUAUUUAACUCGUGUGUGUGUGUGUAUGCGCUCACCUAUUGCACAAAUGCAGUUUUUUUUCUCUCUCCUUAAAGCCUUCCUGCUGUGCUAAAUCCGAAUUUCUCCGUUUUUCUUCGUCAAGAGAUUCCUGAUUUGCACCACUUCACUUCCGCGUCAGCCACCUCCUUAGGGCACAAGCACAAAAAAAUGAAUUAAAAUAAUGAUUGUUCCUAACUUCCAGUGCCAGUUCAAAUGAAUGGGACGUCUGUUGCAGUCAAUGGCACUCACGCCGGUUUGGUGUUUUUUUGUUUUUUUUCUUACUCCGCUUGUUUUUAAGCUUAAGCUAGACUUAGAAGUGCCCUUAUCUUGUACCUCUGCUUUUCAAUCCACUUAUUUGCUUAUGCUUUGGGAAGAACCGCAAACACUGGAAUUCAAAUGAAGCCGAAGUACCUUUUGCUGCCCUCUUGUGGACUGUUAGUUGAUCAACACUCUUAAUUGUGGCCGUCGUUCAGGCGACGUACCGUGACUGAAAAGCUUGCAGUGAUUUACACACGAUACUUUUUUUUUUCCUUCUCUUGUAGUGCCCUUAUACAUACGUGACUAUUAUGGUACAAUCACACACACAUACACACUACUGCUGUACAGGAAGGUGUCAUCCAUGUCAUCACUGAAACUUUUUUUUUUUCGUUUUUGAUUUGAUUUCAAACUUUGAUAUCUAAGUGUCACCAUGGUCAGUUUUUGUCUUUUUUUUUUUUUUUUCAUAAUUAUUUGUGCUCUCUGUAGUCAAACUAAUUUUAUGUAGUCGAAAGGAGGACAAAGAAAGGAAUGGGGAUGUCUUAAAAACACAAAAACGAGUCAUUUGUAAUUUAUUGGAUUACUUUCUAUGAAGUUCUAUACAGUAGAGGAAACUGAGGUUUAAUUAUUUUUAUUAAACAUAUUCUUCUGACUAUCCAUCAAGUGUCAAUUUGUAUGAAGCCCUGGCCAUCUUUUUUUUUUUUUUUUUAAUUAUACUUUUGGUUUGUUUUUGUUAUUGUUCUACAUCUGGUUAAAAAUUUCACAAAAUUGCAACCAGUUUGUCUUUUUUAAAAAAAGCAUUGUGUUAUAGAUUAAAUGUUCAAUUGAUUCUUGACUGACCAAUUGAUCAAUUGAUUUUUGACUGAUUUUAAACUGAGUCAUGUUCAUACUUGGAUGAAAGGGCGUAGGUUUGGUCUCAACAUUAGUAGGGACGAUGUAACAGAAUAACCUGCGUGUACACUUUUUGCUGGGGACGGGACAUCAAUAAAAACCAAACAGAUUGGGUGAAUGGGGUCAGGGCUACAAUGCUCACGAAUAUGAACCUAAUUAAUUGAUAGGCUAAAUGAUCAAUGCAAAAUAAAUCUGUAUUGACUAACUUUCAUAUGUAUUGGUUCAGGUGAGACACCGUUCGAUUCAAACCUUUGUUUUUAUAACUACUUUAGAAACAGUUUGAAAACUUCCAGAAUAAAUGUCUGGAUUUAAUUAGCAAAUGUAUACCUCAAUAUUUGAAGAUAACUCAAAUUAUUAAAAUACACAAUAAAUACGAACAUGUUAAUAAUCUCUUAUCUAUCCAGGAAUGUAAAAAAAUUAACAUUUGUCUUAAGACCACUCAACAUUGUUGAGAAAUUAAUAUAACAUAUAUAUAUGGCGGAAAACACUCAGGUGACUCGAAGUUCCUCUCUGAGACCCCCAGUUUGGCCAAAUUUCAAAAUUGUCCUAUAUCCAUGAGUGAUACAUCAUUGGAAAGCUUAAAAUCUCAAUUUUCUUGGGGAAGAAAAUUUUUGAACAGGAGGGCAUU